CAGGAACAACUGAUUUUUAGUUUGUUUUGUGGACAGUUUUCGCUUCGCAGGAAAGCUGCCAGUUUGUGGUUAUGUCUAGAUAAAAUAUUGAUAUUAUUGUUUAUUUCGUUUAUUUUCAAUUAAUAUGUCACCUAUUUUAACCAGGUUUUUGGCUGUGAUAUUUGUUGUUAACGUACAUUGUGCUAGUGAAUUGAAAAGACGACAGCUAAAUCACACUCCACAACAACUCUCUAAUGGCGAAUACAAAUACUUAGCAGGUCUAUCCAACGUGAAGUACUUCAAUGAAGUCCUAGACAAUAUACUUGUUCCUAGAGUAGUAGGCAGCAAAAACCACGAAAAAGUAUUCAAAUACAUCUCAACGGAGUUGAGAAAGUUAGGCUGGGAUGUAGAAGUAGAUGAGUUUCAAGAUACGGCACCCAAUUUUGGUCGGUUGACGUUUAAAAAUAUCGUUGGUACUCUAAACCCAGAUGCUGACAGGUUUUUGGUGUUAGCCUGUCACUACGAUAGCAAAUAUUUCAAAAAUGAAGUAUUCGUAGGUGCAAUUGACUCCGCAGUACCCUGCGCAAUGAUGCUCAAUCUGGCGAAAGUACUCAAAAAAGACCUGGAUGUGUUUAAAUCUAAUUCAGAUUUAAGCCUAAAACUGGUGUUCUUUGAUGGAGAGGAAGCUUUCGAGAAUUGGGGCCCCAAAGACUCUAUCUACGGAGCUCGACAUUUGGCCAAAAAAUACUCACAGUCUAAGACAGUGGUGCGAUCUACCGGUGAAAACGUUUCAGAGAUACAAAAGAUCGACAUGCUAGUUUUGUUGGAUUUGCUGGGCUUUAGCAACAUGAAUUUCUACAACUUCUUCAGAGAAACUGGACAGUGGCACACAAAAAUGGCGGAUAUCGAGGACAAGCUUCACCAAUUAAACUUAUUAAAUCAGAAAUCAUCAAGAUACUUUAUCAGAACCAACUUUUUUAAUGGUCGUAUAGAGGAUGAUCACAUACCUUUCUUAAAAAGAAAUGUUCCAAUUUUACAUUUGAUUCCUAUGCCAUUUCCGAAAGAAUGGCACACACCAAUGGAUAACAGAAACAUCAUAGACAUAAACGCCGUGGAGGAUAUGGACAAAAUCCUGAGGAUAUUCCUUGUUGAAUAUCUCCAUAUUUACCUGUCAGAAACGCAAGAAGAGAGCAGGCCCGAAAAAGAGUUAUAACUGAAGCAAAUCAAGGCUUCCUUCUUCCCUUACCUCAAACAUUCCAAAAUAUAGUCUAUUUUUUAUAUUAUCGAUGUAAAUAAGAAUUCUGUUUUGUUAUGUUUAAAAAAGUUAGGUUAAUUUAUAAUUUUACUCUUUCCGAGUUAUUAAGAUAUUUUAGACCAAUAUGGAACAGCUGAAAAAACAAGUGUAUUUUUAUCCACCUGGUAAACUUUAUUUUUUAAAAACCUUUUAUGUGUGUACUUGAAUUAGAUAAAAUUAAAAAUUAUUGUACUUACCUGUAAAAAAUAAAAUGCUUAGGAAUUUG